GGAGGGGGGGGAGGAUGGGGCGAUCUCGGGAGACCACCAUAAUAGUCUAUUUUUAUUUUUCUGCUGGCAACCGACCACGGCGGCGAGCUGCUGGGGUAACAACCAUCUUGUCGCUAGUGCAGGGGUGGGUAACUUUGUGGACAUUUGUUAUUUCCAAAUAGACAGAGAAGCCAGGAUCAGUAAUGAAUAUAUGUAGUCUCUUUUUUUAAUUUAUAAAAUGUUUAAAAUGGCAGAUGCUUACACUUGUUUGUUCUAAUAAUAUGUUACUUUAUUUACAAUAAAGGCCUUGAUGAAUUACAUGAAAUAAAUGAAUACAAAAUACAUUACAAUUUAGAAAAGAAUGCUAAAUUAACAAAUUUUGCUGAAGAAAAUGUUAAAGAAUAAAAAUGAAAAGUAAUACUUAAUUGAAGAUGAAUGAUCUGAUAUUAUGAUAGGAUUGUUUGACCUCUACAAUUUUCUUUGGAACACCCACCACAACACCGCUACAUAGUUGUGGCAGAAAAAGCAAAGCGGGAAGAGUCUCUGUCGCAGAGCUACGUAGCCUCAAAAUCUAUAAGAACACCUAGCGCUCACAGUCGCAGAGCUAUGGAACAGCUAGCGCUCACAGUUUUUCCGCUACAGUGAGUCAAUAAAAGUGCAUCAAUCAAUCGCCAGAUGUUCCGGCCUGAGUCUAGACUGUAUUUUGUUUUUUAUGCGACUCCAGUUUAUUUUUCAAAGCAUAAUAAUGUACUUCCUUAUUGCAGUAAGCGUCUGUCCCACAAGGAGGCGAUGAAGCGCUCGGCUGCUGUUUCUUCAUUUGUGAUUGACUGCCAACAUAGAACAGACAGCCAAGGACUUUUAGAGGCUGGACCACGGAGACGCCACCGGCAACGUGGGAUGGCCCUGCCAAGCCGACAAGAACGACUGGACGCACAAAGUGUUCAGGAGGACCCACCCACGGCCGGGGCUGAGAACCUCAGUUGCAAAUACGACUUUGCGGCCGACGCAGAGUGCCUCGACUUCGAAGGCGGGACCUUUCUGGAAGACCCCAUCCGACUGCCCGGCGUGCAGGUGGUAUUGAUUGUGGCCUACACUGCCAUUAUCCUGCUGGGGCUUGUGGGUAAUUCGCUGGUCAUUUACGUCAUCUACCGCUUCAAGACACUGCGCACUGUCACUAACUUCUUCAUCGCCAACUUGGCUGUCGCCGACCUGCUGGUGAACGCCCUGUGUCUCCCGUUCACGCUGGUCUACACGCUGCAAGGUGAGUGGCACUUUGGCGCCGCCCUCUGCUUCCUGGUGCCCUUCGCCCAAGGCCUCGCCGUCCACGUCUCCACUCUGACCCUCAACGUCAUCGCCCUGGACCGCCACAGGUGUAUCAUUCACCAUCUGGAAACCAGGAUGCGUAAGGUCACGUGCUUCUGGGUCAUCGCAGCCACGUGGUUGCUGAGCGCCGCGCUCGCCAGCCCCCUCGCCAUCUUCCGAGAGUACGGAUCGGUCACGCUUUCGGGACACAGCAUCCAGGUGUGCACAGAGAAGUGGCCCGGGUCCAGCACGGACGGGACGGUGUACAGCGUCUCCAUGCUGGUGCUGCAAUACUUCCUCCCGCUCUCCAUCAUCUCCUUUGCCUACACCCGCAUUUGGUCCAAGCUGCGACGUCACGUCAGCCCAGCAGAGGGCAAGGGCGACGGAGCGUCUGCAGGUUCCGAGCGCCACCGCCGCCACUGUAAGGCCACCAAAAUGCUGGUGACCAUGGUGGUGGUGUUCGCCGUCAGUUGGCUCCCUUACCACGCCUUCCAGCUGGCCACCGACAUCGACAGCAGCGUGCUGGACAUGCCGCACUUCCGCCUGCUCUACACCCUCUUCCACGUGGUGGCCAUGUGCUCCACCUUUGCCAACCCGUUGCUCUACGGAUGGAUGAACCGCAACUACCGCGCCGCCUUCCUCGCCGCCUUCAAGCUCAAGGAUAGAGGCUGUCGGCGCAGACGCCAAGACGCCGUCCACCAGGUGGGCGACGGAGGGAGGACCAAGAUAGCGGAGGGGAGGCAGGAGGUUGCGUCCGCCUGCCUCAAAGCUACUGACGUGUGAACGUGACAUUUCUUGAUGGGUAAGAAAAAGCAGCUGACUUCGGGAAAGCGCUCGCCAUUUCAAAUUGACGUCUUUCCGUUCUCCGAUUGGCUGGUCAGAGCAAAACACACAUGAAUAGAUGUUAUAAUCAGCACUUUGUGAGUACAAGAUGUCUAUCAAUUGUAUGUUUUGUCACGUUUUCAUAUAAAUAUUGAUUGUAAAUUGA